AUGAUUAAGGAAGCCAUCGAGAGAAAGAAGACAGCAUGGAAGAAUCUGGCGAAAAGAGAUAUUUACGGAUACGAUAAGCUGGUAAGUAUUCUUGAUCCCGGUAUGGAUUUUGGUCCGGAGAUAUCUCUAAAGAGAAAAAUAAUGGGUAUGCUCAAAUCAUCUGCCAAUCGGGAAAAUACAUCAGACGAAAGAAGAAUCAUCAAUGGAAUUCUUAAAAGCGAAAAGGGAAUCACAGGAGACAUUUCUUUUGCUCUCCGAGUUCAUUAUGACUUCUGCACCAGAAAUAAGACAACCUCCUCAUUGAGUAGUCUGGAUAGGGAAUAUGGGAAGAUGCUUAACUUUAUUCUUUAUGACAGGCCUGAAGAAGAAAUGGAUCUGUGUAAUAUAGACCAUCCGUUCUAUAACGAGGUGGCCCUAUUCAAUUUAUUUGUAAAGUGUAAAGACAAUGUUCUAGAGUUGGAUAGGGAAGCUUUAAAGAAGAAUGUAUUUCAUACGAUUAACGAAAGAGGAAUAAGAGAUUUCAUUGGAGGAAAGGUAGAAAGGCUUUCAGCAGCCAGGGAAGAUCGAGGUGAUUAA